AUGAUCGUGACUGAAGUUUUAAUAUUUUUUAUUGUAAUUUUUGUGGCCAAACAUUUUUGGGUCCAUCGAAGAUUUUAUUAUUUGGCACACAAAAUUCCACAAAGUAGCUUCGACUAUUCACUCAGAGGAAUUUACCAAAUUCUAACAGCUGAUGGCAAAAAGUUAUUCCAUAUUGCUAAUGAAGCAUUUAAUGGAAAUGAGGUCUGCACUAAAGCAUGGAUUGGACCAUAUUUAUUUGUUGGUGUCGUUAAGCCAGAGGAUGUUAAGAAAGUUCUAAACUCCAAAGACUGUCUCGACAAACCAUUUGUAAUAAAAUUUGCAAAUAUCUUAAAAGGUUCGUUGUUUGGUGACUUAAAUUACUGGCAUUCACAUCGGAAGCUCCUCAAUCCUUAUUUUGGCGCUAAGAACUUAUUGAAUAUAAUUCCAAUUUUCAAUGCAAAAGUGAAAAUUUUGAUGGAAAAUUUCAAGAAGUUGGAAGGAAAAGGAGACUUCAAUGUGUUCUAUUCAAUGACUGCCUUGACAUUGGAAACAAUAUUAAAGGUUAUGGACUAUGAUGUGGAUAUCCAGAAUCAGAAAAGUGAAGUUAAAAAUGCCUUUAUUGAAAACUUAGAGAAAUUCCUGGAAAUCAUCACAAUCCGAAUAUUUCAACCAUGGCUUCAUCUAAACUGCAUCUUCAACUGUACAAAAAUGAGUCGACAGCAAGACAAAGUUCUGACAGACAGCGGAGUUGUCUUUACAAAAGAUGUCAUCAACAAUGCCAAGAACUUAUUAGAGCAGGAAGAUAAUAAUAAUGAAAAGUCAAAGUCAUUCAUUCAAGCUCUCGUUAAUCCAAAAUAUAAUUUCUCAGAUGAGGAAAUUCACGAUGAAAUCAGCACAGUAAUGUUAGCUGCUCAAGAUACAUCAGCAAUUGCUUCAUCAACAGCACUCAUGUUACUUGGAAUGCAUAAGGAUGUCCAACAAAAAGUAGUCGAUGAGCUUCAUGAAAUUUUUGGAAACACACUUGAUGCUCCAUAUUUGGAUUUUGAAAAGAUCAGCGAGCUUCACUACCUUGAAAUGGUUAUUAAUGAAACAAUGCGAUUGGUGCCUGUUGUUCCUUACAUCCUACGCAUUAAUUCAAAAGACAUCGAAAUCAGUGAAGGAUACAUUCUGCCAGCUAAUACUUUCAUUACAGUUCCAAUUCUUAGAAUUCAUCGAUCAAAGAAGAUUUGGGGUGAAGAUGCUGACCACUUCCGUCCAGAAAGAUUUGAUAAAGAAAACUUCGAGAAAAUUCCAUCAUAUGCUUAUAUACCAUUCGCAAAAGGUCCACGAAUGUGUAUUGGAUGGCGUUACGCGAUGCUUUUGAUGAAGAUUCAGCUUGCCAAUAUUUUACUACGUUAUGAAGUCGAUUCAGACAUGAAAUUGGAAGAUGUGAAUUUUCAGCUCCACAUAACGAUGAAUUCUGCUCAGGGAUAUAAUAUUAGCAUUAAAGAAAGGAUGGUUGAUUAAAUUGAUGGU